GUGGGGGGUGAAGAUUCACCAGAGACAGAGUGAGGAACAGAACAGGUAGAUUGACUGAAAUACACAGCUGAGAGGAGCAGCAGGCGAGUGAGGAGAGGUCUGCAGCACCAUGUAGGUAGCUCCCUGACAGGGAAUCGACUUGUGCUGCAGUGGCUAUGGAUAGCUUCAUAGGUUGCAUCUUAACCCCUUGAGCCACCAGGGAGGCCCUCGAUGAGAAUAUUUUAAAAUAUAAGCUAUAGUAGAGCAAACAACAAAAAUCAUGACUCAAAGGGUAUGACAAAAUAUUAAUACCCUAAUGUGAUUUUGUAGAACAUUCAUGAUACCCAUCAUCUACGGAGAACACAAAGUCCUCAGCAGAUUGCAUUAAUUUAUCAAAUACUCAUAGCAGUAAAGGUGAAUACCAUUAUCAUCCCUGUUUGACAACUGGGAAAACAGGUUAGAGAAGGUUAAGGAACUGACCUAUCAUGAUAUGUGUAGUGAAAUUAGAGCCAAAAACUUAUAUAUCUGCCUGUGACCUCUGGUUCUUAACCAGUACCCACCACUGUCAAAACAACACUAAUAAAGCAAAGGGCAAGUUACCUGGAAGAAGAAACAGAGUGUUUUGUGAUUUUUCUCAAAGAUCCAGAAAAACUGAAGUAUUCCUAGAACAUACACCGCACCUUGACAUAUUUCUGAGAUAGGCAAUGUAUUACUUUUACCUAACAAGAUAUGACCAAACUGGGUGAACACUGAUGAUCAAAUCCCUAGGACCAGAGUGCUAACAGUGUAUCAAAAACCCAGCAGCCUUUAUUCAGAGCUGAAUUGAAGGCAGAUGAAAUAUUAACAGCAGUUCUAACAGCACAAAAUGAAAUAUGAGAUCCUGUAUCAGAAAUUAUUAGUAACCUGUUAAAAGAAAUGCUGAAAAAUGGCAGUUACCAAAUUAAAACUGGGAAACAGAGCCCAAAUGGGAAAUUUCAAAAAGUUUGGAGGAAAAUAAAUGACAGAUUGUCCUCUUGGCUCUUAUUACUAUGCCAUCCUAAAUCCUACUUGGCAAUACAUGGUGGAGGUGAAAUAAGAACUGCAUCACUGCCAGUGCUGGUCCUCAAAUUUGUAGUCCUAAGUGUCUGUGAUGGUGUCUGGGAUUGAUUAGAAAAGAAGUUGGAAUUUGGUAGCAUUUUAAUUUUAUCAUUAUUGAGGAGCCUGGAGACUCUUAUUAUGAAAGGCUUCCUCUCAUUUGUGAAUUGGCCCCUUUGCUCCACUUUUGGAUGGCUGGCUUCCUUCAUGCAGAGCUACACGAAAUGUUCUACAUGAGAAAGCUAUUCUCCUUAAAUGCCAUCAAAUUUAAAGCAUCUAUCAGGAUAUGUUAGUAUUUACAACACAAAAUAUCCAGGAUCAAAAAUAUAGAGGUUUAAAACAGCAAAUUCUGGGUAGUCAAUGGGAGAGAUAUUUUCCAUCAGUAACCCAGAGAAGAGAAAUGACUAUAAGCAAGAGUUGUUGAGCAGUUAAUGCCAGAGAGGAAAAGGAAAUGAACUAUAGAACCAUAGAAUCUUAGUGUUGGCAGAGGCUGUUUCGUGCAAUCCUACCCUAUCAUUUUUCAAUGAAGAGACUGAGACAUGGGGAGUUAAGGGACUUGACUUGCCCUAGACACAUAGUUGUUUACUGACAGUCAGGCCAAAAACAUUUCCCAACUCCCAGUCUGGAACUCUGUCGUUCAGCAUGCUUCUGCCAUCCUCUACUAAAAAUUAACACUAACACAGCCUGGAACAUGGGAGAAUUCAGCAUCUGUGGGAAGAUAAAAAAUGAUGAUUUUUGAGAUGGAAAUUAGUCUGGGAAAAAAGGGAAAAUGGAUAAGUCCCCUUCAUUGUGACUCACUGGCCACACUUUUGCUACCCUGUGCUUGACUCCCCUGUGCUUUCCCACAAAAUCUAAUAAAAUAAUUUGGCUAUAAUUCCCCAGGGUUUAAACUUGUGCUUUCAAAUUGGAUUUCUUAGUGGAUUCUCCCUCAUACAGGUUCUCUCCAGGUGUCGAUUAGUUUGUAGGUGGCACUGCUGUUGAGCCCUAUUAUUCACAUGAGCCUGACUUUCCCUAGCGGUGAAAUGUGCUCCACAGUUUUCGUGGAGGGAAUCUUCUCCAGGAGGCAUUCCUAACUUAGCAUGAGAUAUUGCUUUAAGGUGUAAGAAUUACAUUCUAUUAACCCUUGUGUUCUAUUAACCUUGUGAAGCACUCCAACCAUAUGUGAGCUUUUUAAUCAGGCUCAUGAGUUAGGUGAAAUAAUUGUCUUUAUUUGGAAGCAUAGAGUAAUUUGACACAAACCAGUUGCAAAGAAGGUACAAUAAAAAUGUCUCAAUAGGAUUCCCUGUGAAAGAGCAGUACAGGUCUUUUAGACCAGUCAAAUAUUUUUCAGAAUAGAGCAACCGGAAAUGAGAGAGUCAGACAGUGUGAUGAAAACUACAGAUGGAAUGCUUUGCAUGAAAAGUGAUUAUAUACAAGAGAGGGCUCAGGAGUGGGUAGGCGUCGACUUGGAAAGGAGGGGUAACUGAAAUAAGAGAAGAUAAUGCUUGACCAGGUCUAGUAAAAUAUUCCCUGCCACAACUGCUGUUCCAUGAAGAGACUGAGCCAAGAGGCCUGAAUAAACUAACCUUAAGUUCAGAGUUGCCAUUAUUGUGGGAGGCAUCAGGGAGAGCACAUCCGGAUUUGUGUUACACAGUAAUCACUGCUGGGUGUCAGCAUUCAUCAGCCAGAUGGUCAGACCCACAAUUAAUCAAUUAGGCUGGGAUGAUCAACUGGACUAAGUUUUCCUCUUUGGUAAAAUACCCUCAUCAUGUGGUCAAGGCCAAUAGCACUUUUAUCCUGUUGCUUUUGGAGAAGCUUCUAAAAAUUCUGCUUUUCUUUUUUAGGCCUCUAGUUACUAGACACUGUUAAGCUCCAAGCUGCUUUGACAACACAGAUACCCAAAAUCAAGAUUUUAGCAUAAUAGAUUUUCUACAUCCUCUAUACUCAAAUAUAGUGUUUAUUAUGCACAGACAGAAAAAAAAAAAACCUUUUUAGAGCAGUGUUCUCUAAGGAGUAUUACCCAACUGAUUUUACUAGAGUCUUUGUAUUAGUUCCACUCAAUCCAGCCAACAUCACUGGAAAUGAUCCUUUACUGGGCACUUAUCAAGGGGAUAUAAAAUCAAAUCAAAAUAAUAGCAUUUUAUUGAGUACUCACCAUGUGAUAGAUCCUGCUGUGAUAAGGACUGACAAACAUUGGCUCAGUCCUUAUACUAAUUCAUGAGAGCGAAAAUAUUCCUUUUUCAAAGAGAAGGAAACUGAGGCAAGAGUUCAUUUUCCCAAGGUCAAACAUUUAAAGAAAACUAUAUAGAGAUGACUUAAUACUAUGGCAUGGAAGCUAAAUAGAACUUACUGUAUAUUUUCUGAUAUGUCUUACACAUCUGUGCAUAUCUAAAGGACACCAAUUUUAAAAAUAUGGUAGGUCUUUAUUAUUCCUCUUCAAAGAAAUCUCUAAUAUUUCCCAGCUCCAUUGAUAUUAGUCUCUUUUCCAUUCUGUUCUGUCUGACCUGAGAUUGCUUUCUUCCUUAUUCAGGAGUCAGCACUACUUAUUCACUCAGUUUCUACCUCAGCUCCCUUUUCUAGUUAUGACCCCUCUGAGCUUAUUUUGGAAACUAAGAUAUCAUCAGUUGACUUACAGAGUGUUCUGCCUCCUUGAAAACAAAUGUCUUUUACUAAUUUAUUUUUUAUAUUGAACCUGAUUUUUCCCUCUAUUUUAUUUUCCCCCUCAUCUUGCACAAGGAGAAAUGUUUGAAAGACCUGGUGGAAAUCUAUACCGACCCCAUUGAGUAGAUAUAAGGACAUAACGGCGUCUUGACUUUGCGUUUCAUCAUUGAACUUGAGCCUUGCCUCUCUCAGUUCUUCUUUAUCUGCACCUAAAUUCAGUUUAAGAAGUGCUUCUCUUUAGCCGCUUUGUGACCAGUGUUUUUUUCAGGCUAUACAAAGAUAUAAUUGAUCCAAAUAUACAUCUUUGAGAUAUUAGGGUUUUAUUUAUAAUUACUUAUUUUAUGGAGUAUGAAUCUUUUCCCAUGAAGCACUACUAUGCUUUGCUUUUGUUUGUUUACCUACUUUACAAAUUGGAAGAGCAAUAUCAAUUUCUACUUUUGGAAGCACAUGAAAGAAAGGUGUUCCAGAAAUCAUAGGGAUCUUCUUACAUCCUCCAGGGCUCUACCAGUGCCCUCUUUUUCUGACUGUAGGACCCUAAUUUGUUCUUACUGUGUUUGGCAGGCAGCUGUUUUAAGAUUUCCCUUGCUCUCCUUUUUGUAUAAUCCUCCAGUCUUUAUCCUAGAGCUCAUGAGUUUCUUUCAUUUUGGUCAGCAGUACCUCCGUGUGUUGCAGUACUGAAGCCCUGCCAUCUAAGCUGCCUUUCUGCCUCAUUUUGCUCCUGACCUAAACCCCCCUGCUAUUCCAGGCCUGGCCUCUCAUGACCAGAGACUGCUGACUCAUCCUGGCCUGUGCCAAGCUGUGCAGUCGCUUAGCGAUGUGGACAGCAGUCGAAGGACUAGAAUGAGAUCACUGAACUCAUUUCACUUGUUGCUUACGGUACAGUCCAGCAUGAGCUGGAAAUGUAGGAACCUCAGCCUCCAGAGCAGAAAGAUUCCUUAACCAUCAGUCUGUGGCCUGCCUCUUCAGUUUGUAUGCAGCCGCUCUCUGCUCCCUGCCCCAAUGAACAUCUGUACUAGGCCCAAGCCUUGGAGUGAUUUGCCGGAAGAGUGACACCAUUUAUUUGGAAACUACUAUGAGGAAACUGAAGCCCAGAGAGGUGAAGUGAGGUGCCCAAGGCCACACAGCAAGUUAGAGGCACAGCUAGUACCAUAGCUCAAGUCUCCUGACUCCCAGUCCAGUGCUCCUCCCAUUACUCCACGGGUCCUGUCUCUAAGCUUCCUGACAAAUGCUAGAACGGAAGAAACCCAAGACAGCUGAAAACCAGAAGGCAUCUGAGGAGAAUGAGAUUACUCAGCCGGGUGGAUCCAGCGCCAAGCCGGGCCUUCCCUGCCUGAACUUUGAAGCUGUUUUGUCUCCAGACCCAGCCCUCAUCCACUCAACACAUUCACUGACAAACUCUCACGCUCACACCGGGUCAUCUGAUUGUGACAUCAGUUGCAAGGGGAUGACCGAGCGCAUUCACAGCAUCAACCUUCACAACUUCAGCAAUUCCGUGCUCGAGACCCUCAACGAGCAGCGCAACCGUGGCCACUUCUGUGACGUGACGGUUCGCAUCCACGGGAGCAUGCUGCGCGCGCACCGCUGCGUGCUGGCAGCCGGCAGCCCCUUCUUCCAGGACAAGCUGCUGCUGGGCUACAGUGACAUCGAGAUCCCAUCCGUGGUGUCAGUGCAGUCGGUGCAAAAGCUCAUUGACUUCAUGUACAGCGGCGUGCUGCGCGUCUCCCAGUCGGAAGCCCUGCAGAUCCUUACGGCCGCCAGCAUCCUGCAGAUCAAAACAGUCAUUGAUGAGUGCACGCGCAUCGUAUCACAGAAUGUGGGCGAUGUUUUUCCGGGGAUCCAGGACUCGGGCCAGGACACGCCACGGGGCACUCCCGAGUCAGGCACAUCGGGUCAGAGCAGUGACACCGAGUCGGGCUACCUACAGAGCCACCCCCAGCACAGCGUGGACAGGAUCUACUCAGCACUCUAUGCGUGCUCCAUGCAGAAUGGUAGCGGGGAGCGCUCCUUCUACAGCGGUGCGGUGGUCAGCCACCAUGAGACUGCCCUUGGCCUGCCCCGGGACCACCACAUGGAAGACCCCAGUUGGAUCACACGCAUCCAUGAGCGCUCACAGCAGAUGGAGCGCUACCUGUCCACCACCCCUGAGACCACACACUGCCGCAAGCAGCCCCGCCCUGUGCGCAUCCAGACCCUGGUGGGCAACAUCCACAUCAAGCAGGAGAUGGAGGACGAUUAUGACUACUAUGGGCAGCAAAGGGUGCAGAUCCUGGAGCGCAAUGAAUCCGAGGAGUGCACGGAAGACACUGACCAAGCUGAGGGUACUGAGAGUGAGCCCAAGGGCGAAAGCUUUGACUCGGGAGUCAGCUCCUCCAUAGGCACCGAGCCCGACUCGGUGGAGCAGCAAUUUGGGCCCGGAGCAGCACGGGAUGGCCAAGCAGCAGAACCUACCCAACCUGAACAGGCUGCGGAAGCCCCUGCUGAGGGCGGUCAACAGCCACACCAACUAGAGACAGGUGCCUCCUCCCCGGAAAGAAGCAAUGAGGUAGAGAUGGACAGCACUGUCAUCACUGUCAGCAACAGCUCCGACAAGAGUGUCCUGCAGCAGCCUUCGAUCAACACGUCCAUUGGGCAGCCAUUGCCAAGUACCCAGCUCUACUUACGCCAGACAGAAACCCUCACCAGCAACCUGAGGAUGCCUCUGACCUUGACCAGCAACACACAGGUCAUUGGCACAGCCGGCAACACCUACCUGCCGGCCCUCUUCACUACCCAGCCCGCGGGCAGCGGCCCCAAGCCUUUCCUCUUCAGCCUGCCACAGCCCCUGGCAGGCCAGCAGACCCAGUUUGUGACAGUGUCCCAGCCAGGCCUGUCGACCUUUACUGCACAGCUGCCAGCACCACAGCCCCUGGCCCCAUCUGCUGGCCACAGCACAGCCAGUGGGCAGGGUGAAAAAAAGCCUUAUGAGUGCACUCUCUGCAACAAGACUUUCACCGCCAAACAGAACUACGUCAAGCACAUGUUCGUACACACAGGUGAGAAGCCCCACCAAUGCAGCAUCUGUUGGCGCUCCUUCUCCUUAAAGGAUUACCUUAUCAAGCACAUGGUGACCCACACAGGAGUGAGGGCAUACCAGUGUAGUAUCUGCAACAAGCGCUUCACCCAGAAGAGCUCUCUCAACGUGCACAUGCGCCUCCACCGGGGGGAGAAGUCCUAUGAGUGCUACAUCUGCAAAAAGAAGUUCUCCCACAAGACCCUCCUGGAGCGACACGUGGCCCUGCACAGUGCCAGCAACGGGACCCCUCCCUCGGGCACACCCCCAGGUGCCCGAGCUGGCCCCCCAGGUGUGGUGGCCUGCACGGAGGGGACCACUUAUGUCUGCUCCGUCUGUCCAGCAAAGUUUGACCAAAUCGAGCAGUUCAACGACCACAUGAGGAUGCAUGUGUCUGACGGAUAAGUAGUAUCUUUCUCUCUUUCUUAUGAACAAAGCAAAACAACAACAAAAAAAGAAACAAACAAAAAAGCUAUGGCACUAGAAUUUAAGAGUUGUUUUGGUUUCGUUUUUACUUUGUUUUUGUUUUUGUUUCGUUUCAUUUUGUACUACAUGAAGAACUGUUUUUUGCCUGCUGGUACAUUACAUUUCCGGAGGCUUGGGUGAAUAGUAGUUUUCCCAGCCUCCCUCGGAUGGUGGCCUUAAGGCCUGGUAGUGCUUCAAGAGGUCCACUGGUUGGAUCUCUAGCUACUGGCCUCUAAAUACAACCCUUCUUUACAAAAAAAUCUUUUAAAAAAAGUAAAAAAAAAAAAAAUUUUUUUUCACUUGUGAAGAGCACUACAAAAAUAUAUAACAAAAUCUAAAAGGCCUACUGUCUUUAAGUACACCGCUUGCAGUGUUUCAGUGGACAUUUUCACAAUUCUGGCCGCUUGGACUUCACAGUAACCAGUUAAAACUGUGGAAUAUCACUUCUGGUUGAAAACCCAGAGGAAAGGCCCUGCUGUUUUCCACCUACCACGUUGUCCGAUUUCAUAAAAAGGGCUGUGGGCGUGGGAAGGGGCAGUGGGUUCGGUGGUGUGGGAAAGUUGAAUGGCACGCUUCUCCCCCAGAUUCUGCUUGGGUCCACACACCCCGGCCCACCUCCUCCAUAUCCCCCCUUUCAGCAGAAGCCAGGAAGACUUGGACAAGCAUCAAGCAACAGUGGCUAUCGUAUUUAUUCAGUGUCUUCGCUGAGCCACAGCCUCAGCACAAUCAAGAGGGACUUUCAUGAAAGGCAGGAAUGCAGAUAAAACAAAGAUAUCAGAUGUUUGCACCUAUGUUUCUAGGUACAAGAGAAGGAUUAUUUCCAACAAUCUUUGCAAAAAAAAAAACAAAAAAAAAGUGUCAGGAUAUAUUCUUGUGGAAGAGAAAAAGAAAGAAAUGGAGGGUGGGGGGGGAAUAAUAAAAAGUUCUUGAGGCUUUUUUAAUUCAAAAUUUUAUAGAGGGGCAAAAGUGACGUUUACCAGAUAGAAUGCUGAUUUUUUUAAUAUAUUUACAACAGUAUUUGUGUAAAAAAAAACAAAAAAAAAUGAGAUUGUUAAAAGUAAUUUUUUUUUUCAUUUUGGUUUUGCAUACACUGCCACCAAUCCCUUCUCUUUUAUUUUAUUUCACACACAUAUAUAUAUUUUUUGGUAAGUCAAGACUGUUAAGGUUAGCGAUACUGCUUCCAGAUAGAAAGAAUAAAAGGCAAUUAAAGUUAUAUUUGAAAGAGAGGAAGGAUAUUUUCUUCAUAUUUUUUUUAAUUUUUCUUAAUUUUUAUUAUUUUAAUUUUAAGUAUUGCCUGGGUUGAUGAGGGCCUCUGUGGCCAGCCCAUCCCUGCUGUAAUUUGAACUGCUGCUUUGUAUUUUGACGUGUAGUUUCUUUGACUUUUUUAGCCAGCUUAAGUUGCUCCACUGAAUUUUUUCCCCCCAACUGAUCCAUCUAGAAUUCUAUUCUUUUUCAUGGGAGGGAUUUUAUCUUUCAGAAACAGAUUUGUUACUACUCUAAAAGUUCAUUGAGAUAUUAUGAUUCUAGAAUUUCUCUUGACUUUACUUUUUUUUUCUUUGAUGAAACACUAGUCUCUGGAGGUCUUGACAAAUGGGUUCUUUCCUUUUGUGGUCACUGGGAGGAGGCAUUCACAAAACCCUGCCAGGCCUCCUCACCCUUCACAACUACAGAGAGCAUGCGGUGAGAAGCCCAGUGCAGAUCAGGAUUCCUUGAUGCCAAAAUUACUUUCUUUCUUUCAAAUAUCUCCUUCUGACUAUUUCCCCCCAUGGUUGAGAGGGCUAAAUAUAAGAUGACUGUCUGUUAGAUGACUUACUAACUCUUGAUUUUUGGAAAGGUUAUAAAGAAAGUAACAGAAAUUCCCCAAAUGCUGACAUCCACCACUCAAAAGGUCACCAAGUCUAUGUAUCAUCCUAGAUGCCACUCUCUCUUCCUAGUUGGGAUUUCUCUCCUUGGUCCUGUUCAAAGUAUCGAUAUAGCGAUCUUUCCAUUAAAGUCAGUGUCCUUAAGGGAUUCCAACUCAAAUAUAGGAAUUCUUAAACCCAAUGAAAACCUCAAAGGUGGUUUCAUUACUGAGCAUGUUUGAACACUCUUAACAGUAAAUCUUUAAACAAAGCAGAAAUACCAAACUACAGUUUUUUUAAAGAGAAGAGAGCAUUUUAGUUUCCAUAUGGCUUUGCAUUUUAAUUUAAUUUUCCUAUCAACAGCUUAUUUACAAAUACUGUGCAGCAAACGAAGAGAAAUCUUCCAAUGGAAGUAACUCUGUAAUGACUGAAUUGAUUUUACUCAUAGAUUUUUAGACAUUUGGUUGACUUGGAUCUUUUCCAUAAAUUCUUGGUGAUGUUUAGUAGGGUUAGUGUAAAUGGAGUAUAUGGAAGGUUGAUUUGCUCCUGUAGUCCUCAAUUCAGUAAAUAUUUUGCUAGACAUUUUAAUGUAGACUUGGAUGGUUAACUGACAAUUGAGUAUCACCCAUCAUGAUUUCUAAGAUGAAUCCUGCCAAGAACUGCUUGCCCAAAAUUGACCUGUUUUAAAAGUUAGUGGGAAACAGCCUCGUAAAUAAGAAAAAAGUACAUUUUUCUCUUGCUAAUUUUAACUUUUAAAAUAGUUAUGUUGUAUUACUAUUCUAUCCACGGACUACCAAUAGAGGGAGCAUUAGUUAAUUAACCAUGUCAUGGAGUUGUUUUGAUACUUUGAAAAACAAGUCAGCCAGCCCAAGAAUUGUAAAUGAAAAAUUGACAUUUAAAAAGCUUUUUUAAUGUAGAGGAAAAUGACAUGAAAUAACUCGGCAUAUAUUACAAACAGAAGAAGGCCAAAACCUACUUAGAAAUAUUUUAACUCAUUUGUCAGUAGCUGAUUUAAAAUAAUGUCUUUAUUCAAACCCUAGCAAAGUAGACGGAACUUACAAUAUCUUUAGAAAAGUUUAUCUUGGGUGCCAUUAUGGUCAUAUUUAGCUAUCUGCUUCUCAGAUCUGUGGGACACCCAUUUGCCUUAAUGCUGAUUUGUCACAUUAAAAAAAAAGCUCAGCAAUUUGAUUAAAAUCCACCUUUUGUUAUAAAACAUCUAGGGGCACAGUUCCAUUUGGGCUUAAAAUCCUAAUACAUCCUGUUCCUUUAGAGGAAGUAUUUUUUUUUUUUUGUAAAAUGUUGGAGGAUCCCCGAAGAAUUCUUGGUGGGGUGAUAAUAAUCAUUUUGACAACAUGGACUAUCCAGGUUUGCAUAGCAGUAGACUAUUUCUUUCUGUAUGUCUAUUCAUUUUAAACAUCUCAUAACCUAAAGUGAUUGUGCUCUGGGGAGCGGAAGCUAGAUUGGAGUGAAAGAUCCAAUUUGGGGAGCAAUGAAGUUACUCAUUGGGGGCCUCUGAAAGAUCUGCCUACCAGAAUGAUUUAUAUUUUAGAAAAUGAACCGACCUGUACCUAUUUCAAAAGGCUAGAGAUGCUUCUAAAUCAUAGAUCCUUACUUUCAAAUUAAAUAGUCUCCAACAUCGUAGGAAGUGAAGUAACAUUUUGCUUCAAGAGUCGAGGAUGAGCAUGGAUCCUUUUAUUUUUUAAUCUGAAAAUCAACAAUUCUCUUACAUUCGAACUUCGUGCUAGAAUGCUAUGACUGCUGAAAAAAAUUUAGUAAAACACAGAAAUCAGGAGAAAAAAUAGAUAAAAUGGAAGCAAAUGUUCAGCUUUAAGACCACUUAGAAUGAGUACAGGGAGAAAGAACUGGUAGGGGAAAGCAUAUUGGAGCUUUUUUGAGCAAUUGAGCAAGUGGUUUUGCUUAGCAAGGGAAAGGAAAAAAGCCAACAGACUAUUUAUCUCAAGAUAUUUAGAUACAGUUUAUGAAAAAUAAAAUUUCCUAUAACUUAAAAACAUUGGUACGGUCUCAGCAUAGUGGACAAUUCCUUGCCAAUAUUUGUACCCCAGAAACUCCAAAUGUGUAAAAUAUCACCCUAAAAAGGGAAGAAAUUGGACUACAGGAUCUACUAAAAAGCUGCAUUUAGGGAAAGAUUGAGAAGCAAGUCAGACUAAAAUGAAAGUUCCUGAAUCAAAAAUUUUUUUCUGUAUGUUUUUACUUGAGUUAUAAACAUUAACUACUUACCAAUAACAGUUUAUAGACUUCUCCCUCCCCAAACUCCUAGUGCUCUGAAUCUGUGCCCUGAGUACGUGUGGCAGGCGAUUUCCUACCAUGCUCUGACCGCAGGCCUUUCCUUCUUCCUAGGCAGUGUGGCGAUCACUGUAUCUCCUGGCCUCAGAAAGAAAGACUUGGAUUUGCUCUGCUUGAAAAGAUUAAACGUUUCCUUUUGAAUCAUCUCAUUAUUUCACAGAGGUCCAGAAAAUCCUUUCCAACCCAGGAACAGUUAGUUAGAAGUGCUUUCUGGUAGGAAAAGAGAAGUUCCCUCCGGAAGUGUUUGCCUCCACGUACGUGUACUUGCAUCGGGCAGACAUACCAUCAGUGUGCGCCCAGCUCAUGCCCCAAAUCAGUGAUUUCCCUCAGCACAGAAUUUAGAAAUGAGGUGCCCCUUAUAAAGUCCCUCAGCUCCCCAAAAGAAUACAAGAAAGGUUCAUACUGCUUCCUAGUUGUGGCUCUUCCAUAACAUUCCCCAUACUCAUCCUUAGGAGAGGGACAGGGAGGAAGGUCUGCACAGUCACACCAGAUAGCCCAUUCUGGAGCCUCCCCCAUUGUUACAGAUGUCAGUUCACAAGUCAGGGCUGGGAGCAGGGGUUAUGUGAUUCCACAGGAAAGGUAUCAAGUCACCAAUGAGGGGCAGGCUCUGCUUGAGCCGGUGCGCUGCUAAAGCAAAAGGGAAGCAAAGCCAAGAUAAGAAGCUAAGAGCAGACACAACCUGAGACGCCCUGGGGAUUGAGGAGAAUGGGAGGCUGCCCUUUCUGUUGUGACCUGACUCUUAAAAGAAAUCUUCUGAAAGAAUUCUUUAAUUUAGUAAUGAGUUGAAGCCCAGGGUAAUGGAAGCCCUGGGGAAGAAAGCAAAAGGAUUGCAAAAUACAUUCAGCACCCAACAACUCGAAACCAAAAAAUCCAAUCGCAGAAUUAGAAAGUUUGGCAAAAGGUCCUUAGAGAAAUCUCUGGGCUUUUCCAUGAGUAGGGUCAACAGACCUGCUUUUGAGUGAUUUCUGGCUCUGAGAAACCUCUUUACUGACUGAAAAAGAACUUUAUUGAAAUGGCCAAUUUUGUCCCCCAGAAAAAGAAAUUUUUAAAAAAAAAAAAGAAAAAUAGGACAUUAAAGACAGAACCAUGUGACUUGGUGACAAACAAAAGGAAGGGUGCACUAGAAUUUCAAUAGACUCCCUAAUUCCAUAGAAAAAACAAAGCAACCCAAUGCCUCUCCAUCUGCCAUACGGGAAGAGAGUACUUGAGCUGACCCAGCUACCAGGGCUUUCUGAGGCUAGACAUAACUUUCCAAUUGGGACUGCAACAGCCUCUUUCUCUUUACUGUGUUUUUGUGAAGAAAGGGCUGUUCUCUUAGAUGCCCACAAAAUAAAUUAUAUGGGGCAAAUUUUCAAAAGCAAUCUCUCCCCUGGUGCUGAGGCUGCAUACAGAGGCAGAAAGGGGCCACAGAAGAGCCCUGGCUGUAGAGAGACAAUAUUUUCCUUUUCCCAGGGGCUCUCAGUGUAGCGUUGCCAUUUCUAAUAUCGCUUAAACCUCCACAAGAAGAAAAACUGUGGUGACUCAGUGUUCAUGUAAACACAGAAUGUGGACAUUACUAACCCAAAGCACUAGGUUUUAAAGUGACCAGCCUGACUAAACUACCCCAAAGACUUAGUCUCUGAAUAUUUUUUUUUCUCCUUGAACAUGGAAUCCAGUGCAGUCGGUGGUGUACAUCAGCAGUCUCAGAAGAUGGCAUAAACACUAGGGUUUUCUUCAGCUCCUUUUAGGGUGAAGACGUAGAAGAUGAGGGCCGCAUAGCAUGGGUUCUUUCACAGAACUGUAUGUUUCACUGAGUGAAGUGUGGAAAUACCUUGGAUUGAAACAAACACAGGAUUUCCACACCACUGACUGAAACACCUGGAUUCCUGUGGUGUCAGACCCACCUGUUGCUUCAUAAACUGAAAACCUUCAGAUUGAAAUAUCUAAUGUGACGUGACCUCAGUUAAGGUAUUUUCAUAAGAAGCCACUUAUAAUAAAGAAUUCUUGCCUUAAAUUAGAAAGCCCAGGAAAGAGGAUAGAAGAUCAUGCCAUUGGGAGAGUGUGGAAAAAGUGGACAUUUCUUGUUUUUUGAUGGCUGUGUUGUCACAAAAAUGAGCCCUGUUCAUGACAGAGGACUUUGGGAACAGUCACUUUGGGGGACGGCACAAUGCCCGAAGGACUGCUUUCAGGGAGUUCUAUUUCCUACUUCAGAGGCAUGGGUCUGGGCUGGGUGUAAAAUAAUCAUUUAGCCAAAUACUGAAACCCAUCAGACAUGCUCAUAGUUGCUUAAACAUUUUAACAGGGAGAGCAAUCCCAAUGCAAAGCUAUCUUGCCCUGUGCAGUGUAUAUCUCUGAACUUUUUUCCCUCAGUUUUAGAGAGCAUCUGGUUUUUAUCUGGUGGUUCUUGGCUUAAAUACAAACUCACCACUCUCAAGUCCUCAGUGAAAGAGUAUAAUCUGCAGAUGAUAGGGGAAAAUCUAGCCACCAUCAUGGGAGUCCUGACUUUUGAGAUACCUAAGUAGGGUAUGAAAAGUCCCUAUUAACUCUCAAUUCAGAGUUUUCGUUGGUUCAAAAUGUCUCAAUGAGAUUCUGAUACACCCAAGAUAGAAAAAAAAAAAAUUAACCCCACAGGAGACACCUGUUUCUACUACUCUUGUAGCAGAAGUUUGUUCUUGCCCUGCAAAAUCAUUUCAAUUUAUAUAUAGAUUCUAGUAAUGAAAGGGACUUAACCCAACUAGUAUAUCACAGCUGCUAUCCGAAAUGUCUGGAAACGAGUAUACAUUAUGUAUGUACACACGCAGUGAGGUGCUCUCUGUACAAAAGUGUCCACAUUCAUACUCCCCAGGGACAAAAAGAUUCUGGAAUUCCUAGUGAAAGGUCUCAGAUCUGCUUCUGCUCUGUUGCCUUAGUCGGGUGCAUCAGUGCCAUCCACUAUCUAUGAUGAGACUUUGGGGAAGUCUGAAGGAGCCCAACUAUCAGUCAUUUGUAUAUACCCUUUCGUGAGAAACUUGAAUAUUCUUGGAGUAGAGUGCACUUAACAAGCUCUGCACUUUUCUAUUGGAUUUACUGAUGUGUGUGUGUGCGUGUGUGUGUGCGUGCACGCGCGUGCGUGCACGUGUGUAUUUGCAUGUCUACUUGUGGUCUGGGGAGUGUGUGUAUCUCAAAGGAAGCCCACACAGGCAUAGGUCUGGUGCAUAGAUACUGUUGCCUCUUCCCACCAUUGUGCUCAAGACUUGUGGCUCCCUUCCCAGGAAGCAGUCACCUGCCCACUCGGUUGCUUUUUCUAGCGUUUUGGAGUUGGGAGAAACAAAGGCAGUUUGUUGGAUCCACAGCAAACCCACAGUGACAGGCUGUUUUCCUCCAGGAGAAGGUAGAACAGAAGUACUCGAUUGGCAAGCAGACAAGAGGGAGCAGCAGUGUGGGGCACCUCAUCAGGUCUCCUGGGGAGGAGGAGGCAGUGAGGCCGGACAGGCAAGACCCAGACACACAUAGGCCUGAGCCAUCCCAUAGCUUAAAGGCCUCCCUCUGUUCCUUUCCGCUAUGCAACCCAGUGUGUGCACACAAACACUCACCCACUCAUCUAAGUUUUACUCCCAAGCUAAAGCUUCCUAAUUCUGCCUGCAUCUGUAGGACAUCAUCACAAUUCACAAACUGUAUCUCCUGAAACCAGUGUGGCCUUUGCCGAAGUCUUUCCAGGAGUGGGUUGUUUACCAUGUCUAGCAAACCAAUAGACUCUCGGGGGAAUAGUUUUUGAUAAUCUCUAAGAAUUGAUGGCUCUUGCCCAUCUCAAGCAUCAAAGUAGAAUGCCACUCUACUGUAAUAUUCUGAACAAAUGGACCCUGCUCUUGUAGCUGACUCUGAAGGGUGGCCUAGAAACAGCCUGAUUCAGUUUUCUCACUUCCAUGUCCUCCUUUUACUAGAUGGUUUAUUAUUUUUUAUGACAUGUAGAUUGUUUCUGCUAACUUACAGAACUCAGAGGACAUUUUCUUUCCUCUUCUAUUUUGGUGACCUGUCCCCUCCCCCACUAAGUAAAGCUACUUAUAGUUACAAUUUUUUUCAUUGUUAUUAUUUUUAAAAUUUAUAUUGUCUUUCUAUAUCCAAAAGAAGUCUGUGACUGUAACCGUAGGUAUUUCUUUUUACUGGAAAAAAAAAUGAGUUUGUUUUUUUUUUUUAAUUAACAGUUCUAGUGACUUUGUGGAAGAAUAUGAGUUACAAUUUAGGUAUGCUUACUUAAGUACAAUACACUACAGUGCAGUAUUUCUGAAACCUAGAACAUACACAUUAUAUAUAACAACUCUAUAUUGACAUAUAUAUUACAUUAUAUUCAUUUUAACUUUUGAAUCUGCCUAUUAUCAUGAGUUGAUUGAAAUAUUAUUUCUUUGCAUUUAUCACCCAUCACCAACCUGCUGCAGUUAAUCUGGUGCAUUUCAUAUUAAUCAUUACUGCUCUAGUUUGCUUUUUAUAUUAUCAGCUUCAGUAUUGUCGUUACAGGAUUUUAGAAUUUGUUUUUAAGCUCAGACUUAGCAAAUGUAGGAAAGUGAAAACUUUGUUUUAAGAAAACAUUUUUUUUUGGUGUGGCCAAUACAAAGAGGUUCAUAUUCAAAGUGAUCUUGUUAAACUGACCCGCUUAACAACUGAAGAACAAAAGAAGUGCAUAUGAAUGUAUCUGUGAUUUCCCCUCUUGGACUGUCACUGUCUGUAUUGAUUUUAAAAAUAUGACCAAGGGGCUGCUUAACCUCCACAUGAUCUGACCAACAAUUAUAGGCUUGGUUUCAAAGGGCCGCUCAUCUGAGAAGCGUUAAGACAAAUGAAAUGCCUAAUUUUCCCAACUGUCUUUUCAAACAUUUAUUUUAAUACUGCUUCUUUACUGACUACUUUCUGUUUUCAAUAUGCUUACAAUUAUUUUAACUAGUCUUCAAUGUUUCCCUGGAGGUGACUUGGCAAUAUAGUGUUCAUUUCUCUAGGAAAAAUUUUUUUAAUACAAUCAGAGCUUGAGGAACUUUUUCAUGACAGAGGCUGAUGGAAAUAGAACUCAGUAGUAUAUAUCUCAUUUUUCAGUCUGUAGAAUCCAUGGCGAUUUCUUGGAUAUCUGGCACUCCAUAUCUCUGUUUGUCUGUUGAGGUGGCAAUGUGGUGCCUUUCUUCUUCAACCUGGCCAUCACGGAAACUUCAGAAAUCAGGCAUCUGUCUUCCUAACCAGAAAUAUUUUUAAAUAUGAUUUUCAGACAAAGAGCUUCUUCAACUCCCCUCACUUAUUCAAUCCAAUGCCUGGAAAACCCCACACUUGGAUAAGACUGGUGCCUAAAACCAAUCUCAUUCCCUAAGUUCAACAUUCAGGAUAAAAUGAAAACAGCUGUUUAUAAUAUAUCAGCGUUAAAGCUCUUCCCACACCGGACCAUUAUUAAGACUUCUCAGUGUGGAUAGCACCAAUUCCUUCCUUCCUUCUUUCCUAAUAGUUUUCCCCCCCAAAUUUCAUCCCAUUUUGCUGUACCCCUCCAGUAGGUCCUCUUCCCUAAUCUAAGCUCCUCUCACUGCCCACAACUUGUGAAGCCUGGUGCUCAUUGAGGAGCUACCUACCCUAGUCUACUUUAAAGAGGCUAAUGUUGAGUCUGCUAGCAAGAUUAUUAAUCUGUUACUCCAACAUUCUCAACAAAACAUAAUUGUAAAUCAAGAGAUAGUGAGGUUCUUCCUUUCCCAAUGAUCAUAUGAUAUCCAAAUUGUGUCAAAUUCAUUUUUUUCCUCUUUCCUUUUCCUGACACUUUUUCUUUAUUUCAUAUUUCCCUUUUACACUAAAGUACCUCUUUUUCUUAUCAACACCCUCAGACUAACAAUUGUGGCUGAGUAUAUGUUUCCAUUCUUCCCCUACCCCAUUCUGAAUGUCCUUCUUAAAGCUUUAUGUAAAGAGCAUUGAUGUGAAUGAGUUCAGAGACUUGAGACUCGUAGGCAGCAUGAAGUAUGUCUUUACUGUACCUUCAGUUUUUGAAAGUUAUCAAUAUUCUUUUGCGAGUGGGAGGACCUGAGUCAUAGUUUUAAAUGUCAGCUAUACUAGCUGAGGUCAUUAAUUCUUUUUAUCUUCAUAUUUGGCCAAAGAUAAAGAGAAAAAUAUUUUCUGUUAUUUUUUUCCUUUAAAUACCAACGUGUUCAAAUUCCUGAUAAUGAGUAGACUUUUUCUGAAGGAGGAAAAAAAUCAUCAAUGUAGACUUCUAUUAAUGUUCAGCCAAAUGACAUGUUUACCAAAUAGUAGAUUUAUAGAAAUCUGAAAAGGGUAACAUUUCAAAAUAAUUUUGAUAACUUAUAAAGUCUUAGUGAAAUCUUCUAAAACAAAUAAAGCUACUUCCACUCAAACACAUUAUCGGAAACAAUUAGCAAGAUUUUUUUCAUGUGUUACCUUUUCAAAAAACCAGUAAUUGUUGACUGGUUUAGAACUUUAAGCAGUGAUUUAGUAAGGGAGGAAAAGGUUCAUAAAGUUUCUAAAGUAUCUAUUUUGCAACCAGAUAAUUUUUUCAACCUCAACAUACUAUAUGUUUAAAUAAAUAAUAAUAGGGCUAUAUAGAUACUUGAAAAACCAUGUGAUACCCUCCCAGGUAUCUAAAUAUUCACCAUAUAAUUUGGUUACCUGUUAGAUCUUAUUCCAGUGAGUUAUAAAUGUCUGGUCCCCGGAGCAUUGUUCAAAGGACUGACGCAAUUCACUAUCUGUCCCUUUAAAUGAUCUUCACAAUUCUGUAACACAGUCAUUUCUGACUCCAGUCCCAACACUUUUGCCAAGAUACCACAUUGCCUCUUGGUCCUUUUGAAAGCUAGUGCUGUGACAUUUAGAUUGCUGCCUGGUUUGGGAUGCACAGAGGUAUGCUUUCAUUUCUUGUUUUACUCAUUGACAAACAGAUUCAACAUUUAAUAUCAGAAAUGUAUUCUUAAUUUGCCUCGGGUCUUCACGUUGCUUUUAUCUCAUCAAACCGGUUGACAACAUCAGCUCUCACCAUAGAGUGUAAUGAAAUACAGAGAAGGUUCAAAGGCCUUCCUUGAGUCAUGCAUCUGGUAGGAAACUAUCAUUUCUGAAAACUAGUAUUUAUGUUGCUUAGGACUAUGAUCUUCAGCUGGCAAGUGCUAGUCUAUCCCAUCUACUUCUCUUCCUUUAUGUUCUGAAUCCCUUUAUCUUUUUUUUUUUAAAAUUACUUUCAUCUAAAGUACUCUUCUCGGACAUUGGCUUCUGAAAGAAUAAAAGACUUUUAAAUCCUAAAUGCUAUUAUUAAUGUGUAAUGUGGAGUAGGUGAGGAUCUGGCUCCGGUAGGCCCCAUUUGGUCCAGUUAAUCACAGGACUUUUCCAAGAUGCCUUCUUGACAUUGUUCCUUCUAGUUCUACAGGAAGAGUUGUAAUGCCAAGACCCAGGAUUUCUUACCACAACUGCUGAAUUAGUUUAGAUUAAUGUCUAAAUCCUGUUUAAUAUUCUAGAUUCUAGGGUGUGAAUUUCUUAUUGCUUAUGAGGCUCCUGCUUUUCCAAACUGACAUCUGUCAGGUGCACCAAUAGCCCUAACAGUAUAUAAUGCAGUAAAAUAAUGGUCAGGAAGAUUAUAGAAUAUAUUUGGGGGGAUACGAAGGGAUUUAAUUUCUUCUUUUCCUCACAAAAAGCUUGCUUCCUCCCCACCCCCACCACCACCACCACCCCUACCCCACUACCACUACAAUGCAUUUCAGAAAAUCUGCAUCUCAUUUUACAAAUACGUAGUUUUAGGAUUUGCAAGUAUAGUUUAGGAAAUGUUCUGAGAUUGAGGCUGGUAGCAAACCAGUUUAUUUUCUGCACUGGACUUUAGGACAAGUGUGCACAGUUGCAAUUCCUUCAAAGAAAGUGAAACUAACAUAGUAAAGCAAGGGGAUCAUACUUUUACACAUUAAAACAGUUGUUUGCUAUCUGUAAACCUUGAUUUAUGCAUAAUUAUUACUUUUUAGAAACCUGAAACUGGAGGAAUGUGUAUUUUAGUAAUGUUUGUUGAUUUGUUCGUUUCCUUUUAUCUCUUUUUUUCUCAAAAUGGUAAAUGAUUUUGACUUUUCAAUUUGAAACUGUCUGUGGCCAUAGCCACAAAUAACUGCCUGCCUUUACCAUGGUCAUUUCCCUCUUUGUAUAAAAGCCUUUCCAUUCUACCUUUAAGGAAUUCUUUUGCCAGGGAAAUCAUAUCUUCCUUUUCUAGUAGUACAUGAGAGCUUUGAGAAGAGAAAUUUUCUCUGCACCUUGAAGGUAGAAUAGUUAAAAUACAAACUAUUACUUAAGAAAGAAACUAUUUACCUAAUCUAACAGGUCUGGGACAAAGAAAGGAAGCUGAAAGUUACUCAUUUUACACUACAAAUCCUUCCCUCUUCAAAUUCUUAGAAUAAGGCUGCUGGGAAUGAGUUAAUUUAAUUAAAAUCCUCUUUGGGUGUUUCUUAUUCAUAUCUAGCAGAAUAUCCAGACUAGAAAAAGAAAGGAUGCUACGAAAAUGCCAGAGUCAAUUGAUCUAUAGAUUCGUGUAACUGUUCAGAAUUCUUUUCGAUCCUUCAUUUCAAAAUGGCAUAUGUUCAUGAGGUCUUAAAUAGAGAAAUAUCUACUUCUCCAUUGCUUCUCUUCUCUCCCACCUGGCACCCGAGGUGACAGUCACAGAGAUUGACACAGUAUUGUCAGUACUUCAUCCAUGCAUAACCCCACCACCACAAAAGAAGGAAAAUCCAAAUUAGAAACUUUUUAAAAAAGGAAAUUGUAGUGCUUCAUUUGAAAGCAUACUGUUUCCAACUCAAUUUACAGAUAGCCUGACAACCUUUUUUAUAACCUGUCUUUUGUGCUAUAAUUUGCAUUCGUAGCUCAAUCUUUAAAAUAAUUACAAUUUUAAUUAAGUGAACAGAGGAAAAGCAAAGAGAGAGAACAGGACAAUGUGAUGGGACUGAAUUUGAUACAGUUCUGGAUUCCUAAAGCCAGUCCUCAGGGUUACCAGAGAAAGUUAACACCCCUCGCCCUUGACCAUUCUUGCCCAUCUCUCACUCUUAUAAUCCUAAAAAUUGGUAAAAUAAUCUCACUGCUUUGUGGUUUAUGACUUCUCUUAACACUGUUACAUGGGUAAGGAAAUGGUGGAAACCCUUGUCUGUUCCUAUACCCAUUCUGUUCCCAGAGCAUAUGCAUAGAGAUAAUUGAAAAUCAAAUAAUGGUUCAAAUUUGAUACAAGGUUUAGCCAUAGUCUAAAGUGCUUUGUGUAUGUUCACCCUCAGGGGGUUCUUGGAAAAAAACAAGUCUUGCUACUCUUCUGCUCUACUAGAUCAAACUUGAUUUGGAACCAGCAAUAGAUUUGUAGGAGAAAAUUCUCGAAGGCAUUUUCAGCAGUCCAACUCCUUCCUCAGUCCCAUUGAAUUGAACCUCACUUUUCCUGAGGGAAGCUGUUGAGAUAUAUAAAUUAAAGAGCAAUUUUCUUAUAUCUAAUUAAAAUUGUCUUGUGUAUCAUUCAAAAGAUUGUGGCUUUCACUGCAAAUGAAAGCAAUCUCUCUGUAAUCCUUAUCAUGGCAAGCAGAGGGUGAUAGUUCAGAAAAAUCUGUGAUAAGUUUAUGUUUGAAAGUAAUUAAGUAUUUUGACCCAUAUACCCAAUGCCUUUCUGUAAUCUCUUGUCAACUGCAUACUAAUUCUCCGAGACUUCAGCAUGUAUGUGUGGAUAUGGGCAGAAAAGUAGAUUUACAUUUGGGGAGUGGAAAACCUUACAAGCUGAAGAGACAGAUUCUUGAGGAUUAUCAAAUGCACAGCAUUUCUCCAGAAUCACUUAAUACUGUCAUGUCCCAAACCAGUUCUAGAUUAAUCAUAAGCAAGAAUUAAGCUCCAUAAGAUAUCCUACUAUGAAAGGUUUUUUUUUUCCUUACAGAAUAACACAAAAGAGGUACAAUGCAGACUCUUAAUUUUGGGAUAAUAAUUUACUUUUAUAUUUAAUAAUUGUACAUUCUGUGUGUGUGUCAUUGAGCUAUUUAUACCAAUUUUCAAUCUAUUAUUCUGAGAGGGGCCUUGAGAAUUUCUAUGUCUGUGUAUGUAGAUCUGUAUUUAUGUAUAGUCAGGAAAAAAAAAGGGGAUAGGAGAGGAAUGAAGUGAGGGAGAAGGAUUCAAUGUGAAAAAGUGAGUGUUCCUAGUGUCCCUAUUUAUUUUAGGUAAGAUGGCUGCUACCCACAGCCCUCAAGGAAUAGUUGAUUGCACUAUUCAAAAAUAAGAGCCCAGCACUGUUAAAUUUAGGACCGUGUUUUGGGACACAGGAAAGCUUUAUCUUUUUCUGUACUCUUACCCUUUAGCAUCGGAGCCAUUUGACAUGAUGAAAACCAUUAAAUAAAAACCACUACUGACCUUUGCAUUAAAUUACUAUUUUUCCUCUUCUAAAUACCACCCCUGGUUUCAACUCAACUACUUCCCUUUAUUUUCUGCCUAUUGGCUUAAUGUUUUACAAAAUAAUACAUAGGUGCAUGCUAGUUGUUUCUCUCUUUUGAGCUGAAACAAACAGGGGCAACAAAGGAGAUGACUCACAGAAGUGUGAGGUAAAGACUGAAUUUCCCGCUUUUGUGGCACUGGUAACCUUUAGUCAGAGCUGUUUAGGGUUGAGCUUGUGUCUGUUUUAGGGCUUUUUUUUUUUUUUUUUGGCUUUUUUUUUUUU